UGAAACCGUUAACAGGCUAAACCUUUAAUCCAUUUUUAUAAAGUUAAAAAACGUUAUUAUUAUUUCUUUAAAACUUUAUUAGAGUACUUCCUGCAUUGUUGUGUCUCUGGGAUGUUAAUAAAGUUGAUUUAAAUUCAUGUUAACGCUGUAGCUAGCUACCAAUUAAGCUAAUUAGCAGAGUGACGUGUGCACAGUCACCGUCGUCAAACAACUAUUGAAUUUAAUAUUCAUACAUUAUCAUUUCUGUAUUUUGUGAAGAAGCUCAAAAUGGCAACACAACCUGUAAAACACGUUUAACAGUCAGUUCAAAUGUUUGGUUGUGUUUUUCUCAUGUGAAGUUGUAGUAGCAUCAUUCGUGCUUAGCAUUAGCUAGCUAACUAGCAUGCCAUGGAGUCGCACCACGUUGCUAACGCCGCCGCGCAGUUUGCUGUCGGGAGGACGACGUCGUCGAAGACGGCGACUCAACCCAUGGUUGUGCCCUACAACACGGUGUGGCCGUGUUUUCCACUGACGCUGCCCUACUACGAGGUGAUGGUUCCCGGGCCUCCGUCCGGGGCGACACCGUGUUACUACAACGCGGUGGAGAAGCCAAGUCCAACCAAGAGCAGGAUGUUCUACCUGGACAGGUCUGUGUUCGACUUGGUGGCUCCUCAUCAGUAUCUGUCGCUCACUGACCCGAAGCUGCUCAGCUGGUACCUGGGUUUGUCUGCGGAGGACAGACACAUCAUACAAGAUGAAGGAGGGUUUCCCCAAUUCCUGCGGAGACACCCCGCCCUUGAUCUGUCGGCGCAUCACGUUUAUGUGAAGCAUGCAGAUAACACAAGCUGGAGCCGUCCUGUCCUGCCCACCAUCAUAUGCAACAAACAUAAGUACGUAGCCCACAGUACGUACUGUGAAAUGAUGACACGCCACAUCUCACAAAAAAUGCCCCCUGAGCAUCUGGCUGCCUACAACAGCCCCGUCGCACAUGAACCAGGCCACCAGGCGGCUCACCGAGAGACGAGUGCACCACCAGUGUCCCGGCUGAAUGUGGAGGCAGAUCCAGCCGUCGUGAUGAGCAUCUCUCUGGACAUGGAGCUGGAGCGAUGCAGGAAGAGAGGGAGUCCUGAGCUCAGGGGCCACUUGUCGACGACGCCCGGCCACAGUGAUCGCGUCACUGACGUCGCUCUGUUACAGUCUGACUGGUCAAAGGAUGAAGAGACUCCGUCCAAGUUCUGCAGCUUCAACAGUGACUCAGUCGACGGUGGAGACGGUGAGCGGAGAUUCAUCCAGUCGGUGGAGCCCGAGUGGGUCCGCUGUCCUCUGGGCCCCGUCGAGGACAUGCCCUGCGUCCCCACCUGCGACGUCAUGGUCAGCACGGAGCUUCCGCCGAGCGUCUCGGCUUCCACCCAGUCGGAGAGGCCGCAAACUGCCGACAAGGAUGUCAUCACUGAAGUGCACAUGGCAGAUCUGGAUUAUCUCGCCGGGGUGUUUAUAAAACUCAAGGCGGCUCAAGAGGAACGAAGAGAUAAAAUGAAAAGUGAAACGAGAAAGGAAUGUGACUGUGUGCAGCGAGCUCAGCGGGCCGAGCUCCGCCUCCUGGCUCUGCAGCACGUCAUGUGCAGGCAGCACUGCUGGAGACUCCACCGUGUCUCUGCUGAGGGAGACCAGGGUCCGUCAGAGUCCAGUCCGAAGGAUCCUCCUGCAAACGUUUCAAGCGUUCUGCAGAAACUGGACUCUGACUAUAAGCGGAUGAGGGAGAGGAUGCAGAAGGGAGUUCCUCUGGAGCAGCUGACGCCUCUGGGUGUCAACUCCGAGGAGACGAACACGGGAGCGAGUUUCAUUCCUGCAAACAUCGUCGGUGACGUGCAGGGAAAUCUUCCUUCUCGGUCCAUUGAAUCGCAGGAGUGUAAAACGUCAGGUGAAGAAAAUGGACGUCCCAGUGAUCGAAGCAGCGAUGGCUGCCAGGAAAGUCAGAAACAGGGGAAAAGGGAGGAGAAGAGUAGUCCGAGGAGAGUGGUCGCUCUCGUCCCCCAGGAUCGAGGUGAAGCCCACGAGCCGGAAGAGAAGCAGACAAGAGCCGAAUCGUGCAAAGAGCUCAACACCAGCGAGUCGUGGUACGACGCCAAAGAAGACCUGGAGACCACGGAGACCGGACCAGACCCAACGACCACAGAAGAAUCUGCCAGCGACCAGGCCGAGAGCUCGGUUCUCUGCGUCACCAACCUUCCCAGUCACGUGACGGAGAGUGAUGUGAUGCUGCAGCUGGAGAAGUACGGAGCCUCUGAAGUUUGUAUCUCUGUGUUAAAGAGUGAUUUGAGAGUUGCCAUAGUGAUGGUAAGUGGCCUCCGAUCUGCAGAGGAGGCGGCGAGAGAGCUGAAUGGCUUCCGCAUGGACGGUCGUACUUUGUAUGUGGAGCACGUCAACAAGCCUGUCGGUGGGAACCGGAGUCGGAGCCAGAACCAGAACCAGGCAUCAGGCUCCAUCACUGAGCGUCAGUCCUCACAGGAAGCCUCGAAACUACAACCACCCACGACCACGACUGACAUCAGUACCUACGGAAAGCCUCCUCUCAGCUGCAGCCUCAGGAGCAGGAAGGUCGUCUGCAUCUCGCCCACGGCGAAGGCGACCUGCGUGCCACAGCACUACGGCACCAUGGGAAGCUUCGACGCCCUGAUGACGGAGCUGACGCGGCUCCACCCGGACGUCGACAGGCAGAGCAUCAUCGACGCCCUGGUGGAGCUGAGGGCCGAGCACCAGGGCGCCCUGAGCGUUCUGCCCCUCGGAAAGAUCCAGGAGAUGACAUCCGAGCUCCUGACCAGGCCGGAGACCGAGCUCCCGACCAGGCCGGAGAGAGCCACGUAGUUGACGAGGAGGCGGGACUCUGAUGCUUUUUAAAAUUUUAUUUUUAUUAAAAGUAGCAUCACAACCCUUCAAGUUUUUCUUUACAACUGAAAAAAAAGAUCUAAAAUACGUCAAAAGGUUGUGAUUGGC